GGAGUAAAUACCCCCAAGUUAAGCACUUCCUUGCAAGCAACUCAUUUGGUUCUCACUUUUGAUGUGCCCUCCUACCCUGAUGUCUUUUCUACUCUCAGAGGGCAAAGAGGCCUGUAUGACGCUUGGAUCAACUUCUCUUUGCAGCUUUCCCUGUGGCAGACUCUUGGGGAAUCUGCUGUCAAUCACAUGCUUGUCACACCUACCCAUGUCCGUCACUACAAACACGGCCGAUGUGAUCCUACAUACUCACUCACCAUGCAUUCUCGUAAGUUAGUACGUGCCUUGGAAGCCUGUGUUGGCCCAGAUAACACAAUCCAAUACACUACUGACCUCCUACACUUGUUCCAUGUUGCAUUUUUGGAGCAUAAGAGCCUCAUCAAAAACACCAAAAGGGGUCAAGGAGUUGGUCCCCACCUAGCCGCCCUGCGUCGAGCAUUGCCAUCUGAUAACCCACUGAAGAAGUUCCUGGACCCAUUUGGGUGUCCAUCUGUGUACCUCACAGGUACAGAUCUGAUGGAAGGUGUGGAGUGUGCAGUAGGGAAUGUUUAUGCCCAAGAUCAGCUGGUUGUAACCUACCUCGGAAAAAGAGACAAGGUUUGCAUUGUGCUUAAUGGGAAAGGAAGUUUUGCUCUGGCAUUGGAGAAGCUUCAAGAAAGCCUGAAGAAAAAUGUGAAGUUAGUGAUGCAUCUAGCUGUUAGAUAUGCCAUUGCAUACCAGAUGGGAGCCCUGGAUUGUCUACUCCAACAGGGUCAACGAGAGGAAAUGAAUGGAGAGAGAGAUCACCGCACAGAGAGCCCAGACUACACUCUAGUGAUCCAUGGUGGUGCUGGAGAGGUGAUGAUGCUGAACACCGAAGUGAUUGAGGUUAUUGAGUUUGCUCUGCAAACAGCCUUAACCCUUGGAUCCCAAGUGCUUCAACAAGGUGGAAGGAGUCUGGAUGCAGUUCAGAGGUCAGUAGAAGCUCUGGAGGACUGCUUCCUAUUCAAUUCAGGUAAAGGCUCAGUAUUCAACAAAGAUGGCAAAAAUGAAAUGGAAGCAACCAUUGUAGAUGGCAAUGCAAUGAGGUCUGGGUCUGUUGCUUGUGUGCAAAGUGUAAAGAACCCAAUAAAAGCUGCCAGAUGUGUCAUGGAGAAAAGCUCACAUUCACUCAUUGUGGGAGAUGGGGCUGAGGAAUUUCUACAAGGGUUGGAGGAGAAAGAGAAACCUGUUGGGCCUGAGUAUUUCUACACUGAUAUACGUCACAGAGAGUUAGCUGCAAAUCUCAGUGGUGGAAAUGCCUCAAAAAACAAUCAUCCUCAGACAGUUGGAGCUGUGGCCUUGGAUCGUUGGCAUAGGUUAGCUACUGCAUCCUCCACAGGUGGUUUAGUAGGAAAGCUGAAAGGGCGAGUUGGGGAUACGGCAGUAGUAGGGGCAGGAAUAUAUGCUGAUGACAAGGUAGCCAUUACCUGCUCUGGAGACGGAGAUGUAUUUCUGAGGCAAACAGUUGCACAGAAAAUAGCCAGUCUCUACCACCACAAAGGCUAUAGCCUUAGGCAGGCAUGUAGAGAAGUGAUGGCUGAAAAUCUGAAUGGGAUCUGUGCUGGAAUCAUUGCUGUGGACACUAAAGGUGAUGCCAUCAUCGAAGCAAAUGCUACUGUGAUGUUUGUGGCCUCAAUGAUAAGUGGCAUUUCACGAGUAGAGGUCCUGAGGCCACUGAAGAGCUUCUCUGAUGUGAUCUGGGAAACAGAUGAGCUGGUUGCCUACCUUGAUCCCAACCCCUGGAUACCUGGGUCAACCAUUCUGACUAAAAAAACUCGUAGUGGGGCAAGCAGCAUCUUCCAGUUGGCUACACCUGAUUUUGUUGCUAUGCUACAAGGGGCAAAAGCUGUGUCAAGCUUGCUAUGUGAGCGAUUGGGAGUGCAGCGCUGUGCCUUGGUUUUCAAUCCAACACCUGAUCAGCCAGCACAAAUCAGACUGCUACCGCUUCAUGGCAUAGAGCCAAAAUGGCAGCCCAUUCUAGCCAAUGAAGAAGAAUUCCACACAUUCCAUCCUGGCUACUGCACCUCAAAAAAUGGCCCACGCUGGGAUGAUGAGGCACUGGCCCAGGUUCAAGCAAAGAUUAGAAAUGGACUGUCAACACCGAAUGCACCCCUUUGCUUUAACUUUUUUGGAGACGCUUCCCAUGAUAAUCUGUUCAGUCGUAUUGUGCGUGGAGUGCAGCAACAGUGGAGAGUGUGGGAAGACAGUGGACAUGUUGCCUUCCUGACACCAUACCCAAACACUCCUGGACUAACUGUUGUGGUGCCACGCAAACCCCUGUCCAGUGACAUCUUCAAACUAGAGGACGCUGACUACAAAGCACUGAUCUUAGCCACUUAUAAAGUAGCCCGACUACUGGAAGAGGGGAUGAGAGCUCGAGGCGUUGCACUGAUCUUUGAGGGCUUUCAGAUUGACUAUGCUCAUGCCAAGCUGAUCCCUGUGUUACCUUCACCAGGUGGCACUAAUCCCGCUGAACUGCAAUCAGAGUGCUUCCAAAGUUACCCUGGAUAUGUGUCAUCACUGAAUGGCCCAGAAGCUGACCCUGAGGCCCUCAAAAAGAUCCACUCAAAAAUUACUGAGUGCAGGCCUCCUCAUUCAUGGGAAGACCCUCAGUCUCACUCCACACUUGCCAUCAAGAGCCAGUGGUAUCGCAACCUUUUCCAGAUUCAAAAUACUCUUUUCCACAGCACAGUCGAAUAUUUCCACAGUUCCUGUCAGUACUCUUAUGCCCUAACCCCUCUCACCACAGACACCAUCUCCUCACCAAUGGGUCUAGGAUCUGACUCAGAACCAGUUUCUGUUAACCUGCUGGGCCAGGACAUCUACCUGGCUGACUCAAUGCAAUUUGUGCUUGAAUACUUCCUUCGCUUCCAGGAGAAUCUGCCAGGGACGUACUACAUUUCUCCCAGCUUUAGAGGGGAAGACCCUGAUUCCACGCACUUGAACCAGUUUUACCACGUGGAGUGCGAACUGUUGGGUGACAUGGACAAGGCCAUGUCAAUAGCAGAGGGAUUCCUGGCUCACCUUACCAAGGCUAUGCUGAAGAAACACUCUGAUAUGAUCCUCAGCACUGCCGGGACCCUUACACAUGUCACAGCCAUGCUGAGUAAGCUGGAUGGAAAAACCGCACUGCCAAGAGUCCCUCUAGACCAGGCCAUUCCAAUGAUGCCCUCUGCUGACUGCCUAGAGUGGGUCCAAGAUGGCCAGGCCCAGUUUGGCAGAAAGCUAACACGCAAAGGAGAGCAGGUCUUGAUAAAAAAAUAUGGUGGUGCUGUUUGGCUGACUGAAAUGGACCAUCUAGGAGUUCCCUUCUACCAGGCAUAUGUGGAGGGCACUGGGCAGAGUAAAGCCAAAGCUGCUGACCUUCUCCUGGGGCUGGGUGAGACUUUGGGUCUUGGUGAACGUCAUUCCACCCCUGAGAUGGUACAAGAGGCCCUCAGGCACCAUGCCGUGCCAGAGCAGUCCUACAAGUGGUAUAUUAACAUGCGGCAAGUGAAACCACUCCUCACCAGUGGAUGGGGCAUGGGGACGGAGCGCUACUUGUGUUGGCUGAUUCAGCAUGAUGACAUCAGAGAUAUACAUAUCAUUCCUAGGAUGAAAGGAAUGAAGUAUAUGCCCUGAUCAUGAGUUCUUCACAGGUUUUCAGGCCCUCAGAUGUGAUAUGUUUUGAUAUGCUGAGUUUGGGAAGUUCAGAUCAGAACAAACUACAGCUCACAAAAUCUGUCACAAAACUGGCACAAAGCAGACAUAACUCAAAUCAUGUUUCAAAGAAAAGAUGGCAUUUUAUUAUAGGUUGAUUUCUGAUCAUAAGUUCAAAUGUAAGCCUUUUUGUGUGAUUCUUGUGGAUAAAGUACUAUUGCUGUUUUUGUUCAAAUAAUACUAAUCAAAAUCACAGACAAAUUGACACUUUUCCAAUAUGUUGCUAUGUUUUAAUACAUUUACAGAGCCUGCCAUUAUUACAUCAGAUGCAUGAUUAUUAUGUGAAUUUGAAUAUGUUACUUUUUUUGU